UCCAGGUGCAUCUCGCGAAAGCAGCCAAGAAGAGAGAGAGAGAGAUAGAGAGAGAGUAGAUAGACACUCCACUGCGGCAAUGGCCGACGAGGCCACCACCACCCCGCUGCUGGCGAGCUACAAAGCCAAGCCGGCGAAGGCGCCGUCCAUCGACGACGCCAUCGAGACCUACAUCGGCGCCACCGGCGCCGGGCAGCUGUUCAAGGCGAUCCUGCUGGCCUUCGCGUGGGCCUUCGACGCGCAGCAGGUGUUCAUCUCCGUGUUCACGGACGCCGAGCCGCGCUGGCACUGCACCGCAGGCGCCGACCCGUCCUGCUCGCCGGGCGCGGCCUCGCCGUGCGCGCUCCCGCCCGGCGCGUGGGCGUGGGACCGCCCGGCCGAGACGUCGGUGGUCUCCGAGUGGGCGCUCAAGUGCGCCGGCCCGGCGCUCGUCUCGCUCCCGGCGUCGUCGUUCUUCGCCGGAUGCCUCGCCGGCGGGUUUCUGCUGACGACGCUCGCCGACUCCCUCCUCGGCCGCAGAAAGAUGCUCCUGGUGUCGCUGGCGUCCAUGUCGGUCGCCGGCGUGCUCACGGCCUUCUCGCCGAACGUGUGGGCGUACGCCGCGCUGCGGUUCGUGUGCGGGUUCGGGAGGUCCAUGGUGGGCACGUGCGCGCUGGUCCUGUCCACGGAGCUCGUCGGCAAGCGGUGGCGCGACACGGUGAGCGUGGCCGGGUUCGUCUGCUUCACCGUUGGGUUCCUGUCGCUCCCGGCGCUCGCGUACACGUUCCGGGAGGCGUCGUGGCGGAGCAUGUACCUGUGGACGUCGCUCCCGUCCCUCGGCUACGCCAUCCUCCUCUACUUCCUCGUCCAGGAGUCGCCGCGGUGGCUGCUGGUGCGCGGCCGGAAGCACGACGCCAUCGAGACGGUCCGCCAGAUCGCGGCGCUCAACGGCGGCGGCGGCAUCACGUGCAGCUUCUCCAUGCUGCACGCGUGCGCCACGGAGCGCGAGGACGACGCCGCCGGCGGGGCCGGCGGCGGCGGCGGCGGCGUGUUCGCGACGCUGCGGUCGAUGUGGGAGCGGCGGUGGGCGCUGCGGAGGCUGGCGGCGAUCAUGACGGCGAGCUUCGGCGUCGGCAUGGUCUACUACGGGAUGCCGCUCAACGUCGGCAACCUGGGCUCCAACCUCUACCUCAGCGUGACGUACAACGCGCUGGCCGAGUUCCCGUCGUCCGUCCUCUCGUGGCUCCUCAUGGGCAGGAUCAACCGGCGGAGCUCGGUGGUCGCGCUCACCGCGGCGGCGGGGGUGUGCAGCCUCGCGUGCGUGGCCAUCCCGGAGGGCACCGGCGGGCGGAUGGCCGCCGAGGUGCUCUCCUUCUUCGCGACGUGCACGGCGUUCAACAUCAUCCUCAUGUACUCCAUCGAGCUGUUCCCGACGUCGGUGCGCAACUCGGCGGUGGGGAUGGUGCGCCAGGCGCUCGUGCUCGGCGGCGUGGCGGCGCCCAUGCUCGUGGCGCUCGGCCGGGAGCGGAGCUUCUGGUCGUUCGGGGUGUUCGGGCUCGCCGUCGGCUGCCUCGGGCUGUUCGCCGUCUGCCUGCCGGAGACGAGGGGGAGGAGCAUGUCGGACACCAUGGAGGAGGAGGAGCACAAGGAGGCCGCCGCCGCCAUUGGCGACAUGGAUAGCAAUGCCGACCUCGUGUAGAUCGAUCGCCUCCAACUCGCAUCUUGGCGCCGGAUAUUUGCUCGAUCGUGCUGGUCCAUGCGAAGCUGUCGCUCGCGUGGGGAAAAAGGGGAGAAACUACCCCAAAAAGGGAGAAACUACCCCAAGCAGUUGUUGGCUUUGUUGCUAUGCAAGGUUUAUUUAGUUCUGUAUGACAGCCAAUUUGGAAUAUGCUCAAACCAUUUGUUUAACAUCAAUGAUAAGCAAGUUGCUUCAA